GAUGAACUACCCAUAAUGAACACUUUACUGUCUUCAACAGAAGGGCCACUAGUAAGGGUGUUGGUGAUGGUGGAGACACCAUGGCCACCCACGCCCACUUGUCACCUCUGGUACGCCCACGACGCCGCCCCAACCGCCACCAAGGCCAUUCGUAUGGAUUAUAUCCACUGGCAGGACCGUCUGGCAGGUCACUGGCUGCCCUUUCUUGUAUCCUGCCGAGCCGGUAGGGGCCCCAGGGGUGUCCCUAAGGUGGUGUCUCUUGUAUCUCACGCCUGCGACCUUGCCACCAACGCUCUCAGGGUCCACAACCAAAACCAGCAGCAGCACCUGCAGCAACAGCAAUCCGACCAGCAAGAGCAUUACCAGCAAGAGCAAUACCAGCACCAGCAAUUCCAGCACCAGCAGUACCAGCAACAGCAGGAGGAGGAGGAGGAAGAAGGGCGGGUGUUAGAGUCGCUUCAGCCAAAGAAACAUCUCGCUCUCUGUCACAAAUUCAUCUUUAACCCCACCAAGGACUUCUCUAUGAGGCUGGUGGAGUGGGUUGAAGCGGCGCGGGCGUGGGGGGUGGAUGAAGUCACCGUCUACGACGGAGGUGGCACCCAUCCCAACGUCAGCCUCGUACUGAGGCAUUACCAGAAGGAGGGGUUCCUCGAUGUUCGACCUUGGACCAAUCCUGGGACCCAUCCCUCCAUACCUCACCUCAACACUGCCCUUUAUAAUACUCAGAGGUACGACCUGUUCACCAUUGAGAACGUCCCCUACACGGACUGCCUACUGCGCCACAUCGACACUCACAGGUACGUGGGCGUGUGGGAUAUAGACGAGUUUGUGUUGCCCACCACCCACACUUCCCUCCCAGAGAUGCUGGACGAAGCUAAGGCCCGUGCGGCCUCCCUAGGCCUUUCACCCACCUCCUACCUGGCCCGCUGCUUCUACUACUUUGACGAUCAGUCUGAGACACCCUCAGCUUACCUGCCUGAAUACCUGCAUCUACUACGUCACGUCACCCGCACCGUCAAGAUGACACCCCCCAAGGUGUUCUCCAAGGCUAUCCACGACACCUCGCGUGCCCUCGGUCUUCAUGCCCACUUCGCCUUAGUCAACCUACAAGGAGAGAUAGAUCAAGAGCGUGAACUCUACCACCUGUACCCCGGAAACGAGGCUCACCUGGCACACUACAGACCCAAGUGCCAAGGAGAGAGCCAGAAAGAGUGCCAGACGACCUUUCGGCCCUACCUGACUCGUGACACAACUAUGUGGAGACACCGGCACGUUAUUUCCAAAGCCACAACACGAGUUCUCCGCAAACUGAAUCUUAUCCCUCCUUGAUAUGUUAUUAAAAAAAAAGAAAAAUUCGAUUAAUUAAUUGGUACACAAAUUUUCGCUUGCCUUAUU